AUGUGCAACCCGAUUGAAGGUUGCUUCAGCGUGCUGAAAGCUGCGAUCAAGCGCUACCUCGCGCUUAGUCACGACGACAUGCUCAGUGCCCCCCGUGGUCAGAUGACCGCCGCGCAUGCAGCUGCUGGCAAGCUGCUGGGGCAAGCUGCGGAGAUGGCGCUUCACUGCGCCCAGGCAGUCGUCGCUGCGAAGCGCGGUGAGCCGAUGGUGUACGGAACUUGA